UGUGCUUUUCGGUCAGUGCAUGUUACACACAGAUAUUCACAGAUGUCGAGGUUGAAUGUUCAAAGGUUUUAUGUAAUGUUUAAAGGUUGUAUAUUGUGCUGAUAAGAGUAGAAAUUUGCAUAUUAAAUCAGGCUUCUGUGUAUAGUGGCCAGACUACUCUGACAGUGCAACACAGUUUUAUUCCUGCCACUAGCACUGGAACAAAGCAGCAGAGAUGAUCAACAGCCUGUUCUUGAUCAACCCUUCGGGGGAGAUCUUCCUGGAGAAGCACUGGAAAAGUGUGGUCAGUCGGUCGGUGUGUGACUACUUCCUGGAAGCCAAAGAGAAGGCUCUGGAACCUGAGGACGUUCCACCUGUCAUACACACCCCUCAUCACUACCUCAUCAGCAUCUACAGGGACAAGCUGUUCUUCCUCUCUGUCAUCCAGACUGAGGUUCCUCCGCUGUUUGUCAUUGAGUUCCUGCACCGCGUCGCAGAGAUGAUCCAGGACUACUUUGGGGAGUGUUCGGAGACAGUAGUCAAGGACCACAUGGUGAUGGUGUAUGAGCUGUUGGAGGAGAUGCUUGACAACGGGUUUCCCCUGGCAACCGAAUCUAACGUCCUCAAAGAGAUGAUCAGACCACCCACCAUCCUCCGAUCUGUUGUCAACACACUGACAGGGACCAGUAACGUUGGAGACACAUUGCUAACUGGUCAGCUGUCGACCAUCCCGUGGAGGCGGGCCGGAGUGAGGUACACCAAUAAUGAAGCUUACUUUGACGUGGUGGAGGAGAUUGACGCUAUCCUGGACCAAUCAGGUACAACAGUGUUUGCGGAGAUCCAGGGCGUGGUCGAGGCGUGUGUCAAGCUGUCUGGUAUGCCCGACCUCACACUCUCCUUCAUGAAUCCUCGUCUCCUUGACGAUGUGAGUUUCCACCCAUGUGUUCGCUAUAAACUCUGGGAAUCUGAGCGCGUCCUCUCCUUCAUUCCCCCUGAUGGGAACUUCACCCUAAUGACCUAUCACGUCAAUGCACAGAAUCUUGUAGCCAUCCCAGUGUAUGUGAAGCAGAGCAUCAGUUUCUUUGAGUGUGGUUCUGAUGGCCGUCUGGACGUGACCGUUGGACCGAAGCAGACCAUGGGGAAGACGGUCGAAGGGGUGAUGGUCACGGUCCACUUGCCCAAAACUAUCCUCAGCAUCAAUCUGACUGCCACACAGGGCAGUUACACAUAUGACAAUGGUACAAAGUUGUUAGUGUGGGACAUUGGAAAGUUGAACCCACAGAAGCUUCCUAACUUGCGAGGUAGUCUGAGUCUGCAGGCUGGAGCCCCCAAACCAGAGGAGAACCCCAGUCUGAACAUCGACCUGAAGAUACAGCAACUUGCAAUAUCAGGACUGAAGGUGAACAGGCUGGAUAUGUUUGGUGAGAAGUACAAGCCUUUUAAAGGGGUUAAAUACAUCACCAAGGCUGGGAAGUUCCAGGUGCGGACUUGAAGAGUGAAACCUAAAGGUCAUAGGUCAACUAGCCAACGUGCCUAAUGCUCUGGGUCAAAGGUCAACUCUUAGACACGCUGGCUGUCAACUAUUAUGCUCUCUAUUUGUAGUUCAGAGCCAUGAUCGGUCCAUUAUGACAAAUGUCUGAAACUUGUAAAAAGGUUCACGUCACAGCAGACUGUUGUGGCUCUGCAACAGCAAACUGAAUUGAGCUUUUUACAUGCCCAGUGUCAACCCUUCUACCUUAUGCCUUUUUAUACCCCUAUACUCCUUCUAUAUUAGGGACAGAGCCUGUAUUAAAUAACUUUGUUGUUUAUUUAAAUGUUUAUUAUUUGGAUGGAAUGGAGUUGUUGGUCUGCGAAGGGAAUUGUUUUGGACAAUCAACCUAUUAUUUCUCCUGUAUCUGGAAUUAAAUAACCUCUACGGAAUCUCACUGUGUUCCAGCACAGCCCACCUCUCGCUCUCUUGCUCACUCAUCUCACCUCUUUCUAUCUUCUAUUUCUCUGCUUUAGCAGGUAAAGAUUUAAUAUCUAGUUUUAUAUAAAGCAUAUUUUUUGACCAUUUUAUGACUAAUAACCCUCUAAUGCUGAGUAACUGCAACCAAGAGUGGAAUCUCAUUUGGUCAUACAUGGUGUUAAUUAAUAUACAGGCUAACAAUUACUGCAAGUAUUAAUAAAUAUACAUAAAGUCACUACUGCAUUUUUUUUUUAUUAUAAAAACCAGGGCCUUUUGGUUGUCCUAAUGUUAUUUUGCCUACAACCUUCCCACAACCUUCUGGGAAUGGUGCAGGGUAGUUGCUUGGCUUUGGAACAUUGUCAGCACAGUUAAAGAACUUGACAAAAAAGCAUUAUUGUCUUUGUAUUUCAUUACUUUAACAAAACGUUUCCUAAAAGUUCAAACAUGGUUACAUUUAAUUUCAAUUUUGGUAAUGUUCUAGGAACAUUCUCCAACUUGUUUGACAUUGGGAAUGUUCUCAAAGUUCAGAGAACAAUAAGAAACAAUGUUCUUCUGUGGAAAUUUCAGUACUUCAUAAUGUUUUCUGCAGGUUUCCUCAUGGUUAUAUUUAAAGUCAUGUUCUCAGAACAUUAAGAAAACUUGCCAUAAAAACUAAAAGCAAGUAUUUUGUAACGUUCUAAGAAUGUUAUUUAAAAACAUUAAUUCUCAUCGUCAACUAAACUCUCUAUCCUCUAUCUUGUUAAGUGUGUUCAGGUGUGUUGGCCUGAACUUGUUUUCUUUGAAAUGGGUUCUGUUUGAAUAGACUAAAAUGAACAGCUUUGUAUGAGUUAAAAAAACAUGGCAUGCUAGCUCCUUCCUGGUGGUGCAGUGGACGAAAUGCACGGAUGAAGUCAAGAAGAUCAUAGGUUAGAAUGUCACUGACGGGACGGCAUGCCACAAUAAAACAUUUAUGUUUGCAUGA